CCCCCACUCGACUUCUUUCUUUGAUAGUUGACAGUUUUGUCAGUCGCUUUAGUGCUUUUCUCAGAUCAGAAUGAAAAGUCUCAUAACUCUUAGUUCAACCUCCACAACAUUUAGUCAUUUGUGCUCAUCAUAGAAGCAAUUUCUCCUUCCUCUGAAGCAGUUACAAAUGUUUUUGGACAUGUUUCAGUUGAUUUCAUACAAUUCUCUGCUGUUUGAAACAUGAUCAUUUCCUGACGUGACAUCAGUCAAAAUGAACUAUACUCAUGGAUGCUGAACAGUCAUUCACAAUAAAACUAAUAGUCUUCAUUUUAUUGCUUGAGUCAUGACAUACAAAAUUGUUGAACUAGUUAUCAAAUUCUGUCAAGAAAAGUUUUUGCCUUUCUUUAUCAUUUUUUCCUGGAAAUGUCUCCUAAAUUGAACAGUUGCUCUCAGGUGAACCUUCACUCACAAGGAGGUGUGUGAAGUUUUAGUUGUAACUAAUGACAAGCCACCGUCACUCAGGGAUGAAUACCAUGAACCCUCACUUGGCUCACUUGUACAAACACUUCUCCUUCUAGGUAAACUCAAAACGCAGCUUUGAUCAUUUUCUACAGGAGCUGAAGCAUUAUUGCACAACGAUCAACGGCCUUAAGAGCAAGAAAUCUCUGAAAACUGACUGUUUUGGACAAGAACUACAAAGACUGAAGAUUAUUAUCAUUAUCGAGUACCCUGGCUUGAUGGAAGAUGUCCUCCAUGCUGAGGACUCACUGAAACACCUGGAGGAUCCGUCCUGCUCCUGAAGCUCAGUCUGCUUCCUGUCUGACGUGGAGGAGAUGAUCUUCAUCCUCGUGCUCGUCGGCCUCGCCUUCGCUGUCUGUGGGUCUGUUGUGAACACGACUCCGACCGUGUAUCAGGCGAAGGAGAACGAUAACAUCACCAUCAGAUGGGACAUCACCACCAAAACUGAAAUGUCUCACGUCACCCUGCUUUGUUUCUUCUCAUCAAAGCCUCUGAAGGUUUUGUAUAAAAUGUCUAACGCCGUUGAGGUCCCAGAGUCUCAGCAUCAGCAGUUUGCAGGACGGGUGCAGUGUGACCAAGACGCCCUCAGAGAAGGACGAGUCAGACUUCAUGUGUCCACAGUCACCGCUGAUGACUCGGGAAGUUACUGGUGUGAACUGGCUGCUAAUUAUGACCCGACCAUGGUAUGGACGCUCCGGGCCACUGAACAUUUUGUCUUGAAUGUGACCUCUGGCGGAGAGAGCGCCGACGACUUCCCCGACACACCGAAGCCUGCUGAAGAACAUUUUGUCUUGAAUGUGACCUCUGGCGGACAGAGCGCAGACGACUUCCCCGACACACCGAAGCCCGCUGAAGUUGCCGUUGAGAUGUCCAAACCUGCCAAACCAGAAGCAAAGCCAGCGAGCCGAGGAAGACCCGGCCUCUAUGCUGGACUGGCGGCGGCAGCAGCUGGACUGGCCGCCUGUUGCUGGACUUCACACCGCCUGAAGGGAAAGAGGAGGACCCAGGAGCGGUGUGCAGUGCCUCCUAUAUGAGAUGUUCUUCAGCGUCUGCUGCCCCCCUGCUGCUGUACACCUGAAAACAGAACUGCGUCUUCACUUGCAAUGAUGGACAGAAAUCAGCCGAGACUCGUGCUGGUUUUCUGCCUCACGGUGACCUGAUUCAGUGCUGUUAGAUCCUGUCUGAACAGACGUCAGCAGCUGUGAUCACUGUGGAGUUUUGGGUUGGAUCAGAGCAUCUUCUCAGUGACGGCUUGGACCAAACCUUCUCCUCACUCAUGUUAAACUGGAGGUCUUGGACCAGGACCUGCUGCUCGUGUUUGAGCUCACCUCUUGUUUUCUGUCCACUGUGGUGCUGCCUCAGACAUCAGAUGUACUGUAAUCCCAGAAAGAGGACUGUAGUGACGGUUACUGUCGGCGUUCAGAGCACAGACUGCUCGUCUAUCAUGAGUCCCGCUUCAGUGAAGAUGCUGUUAAAGUAUCGGCCAUCUUCAUUUUACAGAGAACUUCAUGUACAUUCAGAGGUAACUGUACUCAAUGCUGGAAGAAGUACUAGUUCUUGUUCUUAUUUUGCAUGCCCUUGUGUGUCCACCUUUUGAGCUGCUGGAACUGCAAAUUUCUCUUUGGAGAUGAAUAAAGUAUC